AUGAAGAAAGAGUUGGGAAAUAGUAUGGGCACAUUUGUAAAGAUUUGGGCUCAUAUUGACAACCUACUGAUGCAUCAACAUACGGAAAUCAAAGCCUCGUUUGAGAAGAGCAAGAAUACUUACCAACACAGUUACAAAGUAACGAUAUACAACGAACUUCGAGGAUGUGUGUCGUUGUACGCUCUUGAGCAACUCAAACUUGAGGUGAAAAAAUCACUUGAGUUGCUUCCGAACGAGUUUAUGUCUUGUAUUUGCGAUAUCCGAACCACUCAUGGAUUACCUUGCGCCCACGAACUUCAUGGUAACGUCAUAAAUCGCACUCCCAUCUCAUUGGACUGGAUAGACCCGUAUUGGAAGCACUUGAGCAUGGAGCCAAUGAUUUGUACAAAGGAUGAACAUCUCCCGACUGAUGCGGAAGAAAUGGAAGCAUGGCGGGCUGUUUUCGAUCCGUCCGACGCAAAAAAAAGGGUUCAAUUGCUUAUGAAAUUGCGGGAGAUUACUCACCCCGAGAUGAUCAGUUACGAGCUCAAGUCAACUCAUCAAGAGUUGUCUGAUUAUGAAGUCUCGGUGCAGGAUUUAAUGGACAAUGUCUACAAACAUGCGAACGUAGUCAGUUACUUUAAGGAUGAUCCAAAUGAUACUCACGUAGCAUGUCCGCGUGAAGAAAUGGAAUACUAUCUAAGUUCGUCUGAAGAUGCACUUAAGUACAUUCAGGAUCAUGGAGUUUGGUUGGCGGAUAAAGUAUGGGUUAAACGUGUGCAAAAGUUAGAUGGCGUCGACACUCGGCCUCAAGAAAUUAAAGAAAUUCUUAUGCAGGGACACGUGAUUGCCGGGUCAAUCUACGUGUGUAUGGCCUUCGAAAAUCACAAGGGCGAGGGCGUUUACAGAGGACCGGAGGGAAAACCCAAAGAUGGGUUACACGAUAUUAGCGUGGUAGGCAUCGGGUACGACAGUGGAGACCUGUACGUCGAAAUCCGAAAUUCCUUUGGUAAUAAUUGGUGUGAUGGUGGCUAUGCGAAGAUUUUGGCCAAAUAUGUCUCGUUCGAUUGUCAUGUCGACGGAGCAUACAUUGAGAGGAGAGGCGGCGGCGGUGGAUAUAGAGGAGGAAUUAAAGUGGAGGUGAAUCCGCAUAGUCGUCUUGAGGGUGUUUUCAUCGCUAAGGGAAAAAAGGAUGUUCUUUGCACUAAGAAUAUGGUUCCUGGAAAGGCGGUGGUUUUUAAUGAGAAGAGGGUUUCUGUUCAGAACAAAGAAUACAGAGUAUGGAAUCCUUAUCGUUGUAAGUUGGCUGCCGCCAUCCUUUGUGGAAUCGAGGGAAUUUGGGCUAAACCGGGCUCCUCCGUCUUGUACCUCGGAGCUGCUUCAGGAACCACUGUAUCUCACGUUUCGGACAUUGUUGGCCCUAAUGGGGUGGUAUAUGCAGUUGAAUAUUCUGAUACUUGUAGUAGAGACUUGGUCAAAUUGGCAAAGAAGAGGACUAAUAUUGUACCUAUAAUUCAAGAUGCAAGAUACCCUGGCAAGUACAGAAUGCUCGUCGGAAUGGUCGAUGUCAUAAUUUCUGAUAUUGCUCAACCUGACCAGGCAAGAAUAUUAGGUCUUAAUGCGUCGUACUUCUUGAAAGCCGGAGGCCACUUUGUGAUAUCAAUAAAGCCAAAUAGCAUAGACUCGACAAUACCUGCCGAGCUUGUGUUAGAUGUGCAAGUGAAGAGGCUGCAGGUGGAUCAGUUCAAACCAGUCGAGCAGCUCACUCUCGGACCUUAUUGGCGAGAUCAUGCCGUUAUUAGGGGUGGUUAUCGCAUGCCUAAGAAAAUAUAUGCCACCACCACAUCCUAGAAUAUUUAUAUAGGUAGGUUUAAGUAAUUUUAGAAAUUUGAGGGGCAUUAUGUAAUUAGUGUUAAUUUACGAGGCAAACAAUAUUAGUGAGAAAAAACACAAGACGAUUGCUGAAUUGCCGAUGACAACGAAGAACAUUUUCUUUACCAAAUCACUUCUUAUAUGUACAUUAUAAGUAAAAAAAAGUAUAUAUACAAACUACACACACAUCCACAUUUUUUUUGCUAAGAUGCAAGCAAGAAAUAGUUCAUCUAUACAAAAGUAUAAGCCUACUAGUUAUAAAUUAAAAAAAAAAAAAAAAAAAAACGAGCCCGUUAAUUCAGUUCUCGUCGAGCAUAUAAACAUCACUCACAGAAUUCUCCGAUUCCCACAAGAAAGAACCGAAAUCAACAGCUUCCAACAGAAACCUCUUCAGACCGGCAAACGAGGUUGUAAUAACAUCAUCGGUCUCAAGCAAGCCUGUCACCUCAUCCCCAAACAGAGCACAGCUAUGUC